AUUCAAUUUUAAUCAUCAGUAUCCGUGUAUUCUAAGAUAAGGGUUAUCUGAACUUUAAUAUUGGUUAUCACUAGUUACUUCAUCUACUUUGUUAGUGCGGAAAGGCUAAUGGCAUUAUUCUGCGAAGCAUCACAGUUGGAGCAGUGUUAAUAGAUAAGAUUCAUUGCAAUGAUAUGGUUGAUUCUUCUGGCUACUCUAGUAGCCCUAUUCUACAUUUAUACAUAUAGAUGUUUCAAAUACUGGGAGAACCGUAAUGUCUACUUUGAGAAACCAGUUCCUAUUUUCGGUAAUUUUUACGACGUAGCUAUAAGGAAAAAACAUAUGGGUGAUGUCUUGCAAGAAAUUCAUAUGAAGCUGGACGAAAAUAUACCUUAUUUCGGAGUCUACAUCUUCCAUGCUCCAAAUCUCGUUGUGAGGACCAAGGAAAUGAUAAAAGAAGUACUAAUUAAAAAUUUUGCUUCAUUUCCAAACCGAAUGGACUACACAAAUGAAGUUGUAGACCCACUUUCUGCCUAUGACCUGUUUUCGAUGAAAGAAGAAAUGUGGAAAUUCACAAGAUCGAAGCUAAGUCCUGCCUUUUCUUCUGGUAAAAUGAAGAAUAUGUAUCCUUUGAUGAAAGAGGUGUCAAAUCAUCUACAUAAUCUUCUCGUAUCCUUAGAAGGACAAGAAGUAGAUGUGAGAGAUUUGUCGAAAAGAUUUCUGGUGGACAUUAUUUCUUCUUGUGCCUUCGGUAUCAAUGCUGAAAGUUUACAGAACAAAAACUCCAAAAUCAAGGCUAUGGCUGAUCAAAUGCUUGACCAGAGAGGUUUUGUGAGAAGUUUUGCCGUUUUCGCCUGGUUCUUCUGUCCGUUGCUCGUUGACAUUUUCAGACUACCAUUCGUUGAGAAGGAAUCGUCAGACUUUCUGGUAGAUGUUUUCCUUAGAUCUUACAAGGAAAGAAAGAAGUUGAAUGUAAAGCGUAAUGAUUUGAUUGAUUUAUUGCAUGAGUUGGUUGGUGAAAAAAGUCAGAAUGACCUCGUUGUUUUCGAUGAAAUAAAAAUGUCAGCCCAGGCAAUGGCCUUCUUCAAUGCUGGAGAGGGUACCUCCUCAAUUCUUCUCACGUUAUGUCUCUAUGAGAUGGCUAUGAAUAUAGAUAUUCAAGAAAAACUGCGGGAAGAAAUCAGAAAAACUCUUGAUUCAACAGGUGAAUUAUCGUAUGAAAAUGUUUUAGAAAUGGAAUACCUGGACAUGGUAACCAAAGAAACUCUCCGAAAAUAUCCCUUCCUCCAACUUCUCCAAAGGUAUUGUGUUAAGGACCAUACAUUCGAAACAGGAUUAACAGUUAAGAAAGGACAGAGAGUUCUCAUUCCAACUCUUGCUCUUCAUUAUGAUCCCAGGUAUUAUCCUGAACCCGAGAAGUUCAACCCAGAAAGAUUCAGAGGAGACAAAAUCAAAGAUUUACAAUAUGUGUUUCUUCCUUUCGGUGAUGGACCAAGAAAAUGUAUAGGUGCACGAUUUGGUCUUAUGUCGAUGAAAACUGGAUUGGCGACGAUUUUGAAGGACUUCGAAGUGGUACCAGGACCUCAAACAGAAAUUCCCUUACGUUUCGAGAAGGCUGCAUUCUUCACAACCCCGGAGAGCGCCCAAGUGAUGCUCAAACUUAGAAAAGUAGCAUAGUUCAUUCUUAUCGCUCGAAAGAAUAUUUAAAUGUAUAGUGCCGAACUUAUCAUCCACGGUCUCAUUUCGGGUAGUUAUUUGUCUACCGCUGAAAAUCUAGAACUAUCUGUGCAAUUAAUCGAAUAUAUCGUAUCAAUAUGUUUGUGAUUCAUAAUAAUUCACGAAAAUAAAAAUUGUUUCACUUAAA